AUCUCGCUGACUCGUGCCAAACGACGUUGUCCGUGCGCCCAGUUGGUUAUCGACACGUGUACCUGCAAAGCGGACCCCACGCCACGCUGCACCUGUGGGGCACCGAUCUCGCCUCCAUCGUGCAGUUGUGCUGCUCAGACACAGGCAUCCCUCUGCCGACCGUCAUGCCAGCACACCUGCGUUUCGACAUGCUCUCGCAGUGAGCCCAAGAACACCUGCCAAUCGUCGUGCCAUUACACCUGCUCCGAAUCGUGUAUGCCAAAGCAGACCAUUCCGAUUCGCGUGCUCGUGCACCAACCAAGCUCACCUGAACAAUGCGGGUCGGCAUGCCAGCAGUCAUGUCAGCAAUCCUGCUCUCCCCAAGCAUCGCCUUCCACUUGUCUGCUGCUGUGUCGCCAAUCUUGUGAGCCGAGUUGUGUCUCUGCUGCGGUUACUCCGAAGCCUGCUCCAGUACCUCAAUGUGCUGCUGUAUGUAUGCCGACCUGUGAGCAGCAGUGUGUUCAACAGUACAACGUCGUCAUAUCGAAGUCGAUGCCAACUGAGCUGAAAUCCCUUGUACAGCAGCCAGCGACAAGAACUCAGUGCGUGAGCGCCUGCAUGCCGCUCUGCGCUCAACAAUGCACGCAGCAGUAUCUACCCAGCCCUACAGCGGCCUCCACGCCAUCUCUGCCGCAGUGUCUGUCCUCGUGUAUGCCCUUGUGCAAUCCGCAGUGCAUUGAAGCACAAGUCAACAGGCCUGCCUCUCCUCCAGCUUCUGCUGCC